AACAAAAAUUGAAAAAACCCGACAAAGGAUUACACGUCCUUGUGCCGAGCAGGUAAACAAGAGAAAGGGUACAAUUUUAUCUCAUACAAAAAAUAUGUUGUUCGUUAUGAGGGGGCAUCUGCUGUUCACGUUGAUCCUGACUAUAUUCUUCCCAUCAGCUGGGCAGACAAAGGAAGUGUGUGUGUCCAAUCAAACGAUGCGAUUCGUGAACCACAUUCUUGGCAUCAAUGGAAACGGUUCUAAAAUCUCCAGACAGAAGUUCAAAGACAAAUUUCAGGACUUCACUGGACAGCAGGAUUUUUAUGAUGUUUGUCAAAACUCGACAGACAAAUUAUGUACAGUGAAAAAGUGCCUGUCAUUGGAUGACAUCCUGCGUCUCCAUGGAUACAAGAGUGGGACUGACAUAUCUCACAAGGGAUUGGUGGAAAUUUCACCAGCACUGUUACACAAUCACCGCACAUGUCAGCAAAAUGGUGGAAGUUAUCACAAGAGUUCAGAGGGCAAAGGUCGCAAAACGCCCUCGGCAACAGCAGCUUGGGGGUUUGGAUUUCUGUUUGUGACCAUCAUCAACAUCUGUUCCCUGGCGGGGGCCGUGGUGCUGCCAUUCAUGAAGAGGAAGUUUUAUGUGAAGAUCCUGAUUUUUAUGGUCGCUUUGGCCGUGGGUAGUCUGGCUGGCAGUGGAAUGCUGGUCCUCAUCCCAGAGGCAUUUGGGUUCCUGCAGGACCCUGAUGGUAACCAUGACUACCUCUGGAAGGCAGUAACCGUGGCGGGUGGGGUGUACCUGUUCUUCCUAAUUGAACGUAUUCUAAAAAUACUCCUAGAUUUUAAAAAGAAAAGUCCGCGUAGAGCUAGCCUAUAUCUGGAAGCUAAUGAAGACUGUGUGGAGGUUCAGGCACCGUUUAUAGACCAGAAAAAUAAAGAGAACUCCAAAGAUGACUCUUACUCUGUUACCAACAGAGGGAGUGUGGUGGCCAAAACGCCGACGACAGAGCGACAGAAGUGUAGCGACACGUCAACGCUCCACCCCGAGUCCCUAAAACACACCCCAGAGUCUCAACAGGCGUUAAAGGCCAGCUUCUACCAGGGCAGCCAGGAUACUCUGUGUACACUGUCCAGGGAAGAGGACUUUAAAAAGGUGAAGAAUGGUAAUUCCUCGAGUUCCAGUGAAGAUGACCCUGUCAUAAAUCCUCAGCAGAAAUCGGAGAUCCGGACGAUCGCGUGGAUGAUCAUCUUCGGAGACGCGCUUCACAACUUUCUGGACGGUCUGUCGAUCGGGGCAGCCUUCACAGACAGUAUCUUCGCGGGGAUGAGUAUAUCACUGGCUGUUAUAUGUGAAGAACUGCCACAUGAACUAGGUGACUUUGCUAUCCUGUUGAAUUCUGGGAUGUCCGUGAAGAAGGCGUUGAUAUAUAACUUCCUGUCUGCCUGUACGUGUUACCUUGGACUGAUACUGGGUACAAUUCUUGGUGCUAACACCACGGCUCACACCUGGAUCUUCGCCAUCGCCGGGGGAAUGUUCCUAUACAUAUCAUUAGUAGACAUGAUGCCUGAGAUGAACAGCGCAGCAGAGAACGAGGAUUAUAAGAAGAUGUUUGGUACGCGGUGGAUAUUUAUCGUUCAGAAUGUCGGAAUGUUGUGCGGGUUCGGAGUUAUAUUUAUAAUGGCUCGUUUUGGCGGAGACAUCGAUAUACAAGGAUGAAUUUUGGAGGAGAUAUCGAUAUACAAGGAUGAAUUGUCAAGCUAAAUAUUCCAGGUUAAGAUUGCUAGCCCCUUUGAUGAGUUACUCCCCUUUGUUGUCAUAGGUAACUCUCCAUGUUAACAUGCUGUUAUUAAUAUGCCCACUCCUUGCAGAGCAAGGUACAUAAAAUGUUUUCAUACCAUUCAUAUUUUUGUUAAAGAUAUUAAGAUAAAUUCUAAAUCUGCCUCUAUAUUAGACUGAGGUAAGAGAAUUUUUGCUGAAAUUUAUUGUCAAAAAUACUGGUUUAUACAUUGUCAUUCUUAUGAUUACCUCAAAGGAUCAGAUGAAAAUUCACUUGAUACAGGCAGUUGGAACUUAUGUAUACUGUCUUAAUAUUAUAAGUGCAGGACUCAUAUGACAAACUGUCCACAAAUGUAUAGAGAUCUCUUCUGUGGCUAUGAUUAUUUCCUUAUAACUUAAUAUUCUUGCAUUCACCCGAAUCUUUCCAUAUGUGAACUUAUAACAAACACAGAAUUAAAUGCAGCUUGACAGCUGAUAUGAUAUUUGCCUGAUUAAUUUCAUUAAGCCAUGCUUGUUCUAUAUUUGAUAACAUAUUUUUUCAUGCCAGUUUUGAACCAAGUUGUUAAUUAAUAUAUUUUUUUUAUAAGAAGGAAUAAUUCCCAUGUUUUUGUUAUCUUAACAAUGCUAGGUUUUUUUCCUGCUCAGUUUUUUGUAUUCUUGGAUUAGAACCUGAUGUUGAAGACAGUAUUUUUGCUGAAGUUUUCCUGAAGGUCUCUUUGCACUCAUUAAUGUUUGAUAAUUGUUGACAUUUCAACAGACUUACUGGACUGUUUAUAUGUGAAACGUGGUUAAGUAAAGCAUUUGGUAAGGGACUUUCUAUAGGGCUUCUUCCACUUUAAAGGAAUUAUUCUAACAAGAGGAGAAAGAAGGCAGGACAGUUUUAUAGGAAUAAAAAAAAGAACCAUUUGUAGUUUUCAUCUCAUUAACACUAGGUAGGAAUUGUUUCAUUCCAUCAUGAUGUUAAGUAAACUCAUAAUAAACUUUCAGAUGGAUGAAUGUGAAGCAAAGAAAAUUCAGGUGAGCAUAUUAGAUCAUUAGCCUUGUGCUCUUAAAUAUUUUUGUUAUAUAUCUAGUCAUGUAGCUUAUUUAUACUCAUCAAUAAAUUCAAGUGUUUUUUUUUUUUUUUGUUAAUUAAAAAAUAUGAUUAAAAUGUAAGAAAAUAGAAGAUGGUGGAGAAAAUCAUUUUUUAAUCUUGUUAAAUAUUUUUUGUUUUCCUUUUUUGAUAAAUCAUUUACACCCAGUACAUUUAUAUGGAAUUUUAUGAUUUGUGUGGACAAUCUCUUGCUGUUGAUAUAGAAAUGUAUGUUUGGAUUUGUCAUGGGAUGUUGAUGUUCGUGUUGGUAACAUGAGUGUAUGUAGUACAUGUACUCAACAUGAAAUCCCACUAGAAACUCCUUCAGGACACUAGAGGGUUUCAUUUGCCUGUAUCUAUGACAGUAGGAAACUGGGUUAGAAUUAUAAUGAAUUUAUCACUUGGAUGCAAUGUUAAAGAAGAGUAUAAUUACCUAUUUAUUGAAUUCCUUUUAAAGGAUGAACAGGAUAUGCUAUUUUUUGAUACCAUUUAUUGUUUACGAUAAAUUGCUUUUGAGUAAUGUCAUUCAUUGGAAUUUUUGUUUUUGCCCAUUUGUUACUGUGUGCCAGUAUUUGAUGCUGUAUAUUUAUAUUUUAUGAAUCUCGCGCUUUUGUCAUUCCAAAUAACCUAGCCUUAAUUGAAUCUUUUGUGGAUUUUUCUAGGAAUUUUUUCCUGAUUUUCUGAACACAGAUUUGAACCUAGUUCUGAUCUCUCUCUAUUUUAUUGGUUUAAAGAUAAGGUUGCUGAAUACGGUGUUGUUGUUGAUUACUGCUGAGCAGUCGAUUGAUCUAAAUUCAUGAAAAAAGUCGUGUCAAUUCCUCAGUGGAGGUUGCUUCCUCCCAGUCUUAAUCUGUUCCUGAUGAUAUGAUUCUCUGGGUGAAGAAUUUGUGUGAAAUUAUUAAAGAAUAAUUUUGAUGGCUUUUUGUUCAAGCAAAAUUAAUCAUCGAAAUAAAAUAAUUAUAUUCACAGUAUCAGAUUUUCAACUUUUUGUUCUUUUUAAUGAGCAAUUGAAGUUUGUAUAAAACAAAGUUUAGAUUUUUUAACAUGUCUGCCUUGAACCAUCUUUAGUAUGUAUUAUUUUUAUCAGAGAAACAUAGGUACAUUUUUUAAAUUGUCAGUUUAAAAAUUUAGUAUUAUUUAAAUGCAAUUUUUCAGGUAUGAUACUGUUUCGCCAAUGAUUUUGAAGAUACACUAUAAAUACUCGCAGUUGUAAGGGAAAACAGAAGAAAAAAAAAUAGAUUUGUAAAUCGCAAACUAAAGGGGUUGUUCUGUUCGUUUUUAGCAUGUACCCCUUGCAGUCUCUUUUUUGUACUGGAAGAUAAUGAAUUUUGAAAUAUUUUUUGUUACAUGUGUAUGAUUGAAAUAUCAGGAAUAAAAUUUACAUUUGAAAUGAA